AUGAAACAAGAGCCGCACCCUCAGAAAAACAGGAAGAAAAUGUUUGGCUUGAAACGGUGCUGGGCGUCCAAUGUCCCGGUGUGCCGGUAUGGCGGUGUCCCGGUGUCCCAAUGUCCCGGUGUCCCGGUGCAGUACCGGCAGCCGGCGGCCGAGGGCUCCCGAGCCGCGCUCAGGCCCCCGAGCUCCCGGCCCGGGCGGGGGAAGCGGCUCACGCCCGGAGCGGCCGGGGGGGUCCGGCCCCUGCUCUCACCGCUCCGUGUCCUCUGUUGCAGGCACAACAGCUGGGAGCCCGAGGAGAACAUCCUGGACCCCCGGCUGCUGCUGGCUUUCCAAAAGAAGGAGCACGAGAAGGAGGUGCAGAAUCGCAAGAGGGGCAAGCGGCCCCGGGGCAGGCCCAGGAAGAACGUGGAAGCAGAGAUGCCUACGAAAACCAAGUCAAGCAGCUCCUCUUCCUCCACGUCCUCCUCUUCCUCCUCUUCCGAGGAAGAGGAUGAGAGUGAUCUGGAAGCAAAGAGAGGUCCCCGCAGCAGAGAGACGCACCCGGUGCCACAGAAGAAAGCUCAGAUCCUGGUGGCCAAGCCCGACAUGAAAGACGCUUCCAGGAAGAAGCGCGGCAGGAAACCUCUUCCCCCAGAGCAGAAAGCAGCCCGAAGGACUGUGAACCUGACAAAGGUGCUGAAAACGUCCCGGAAGGAGGCGGGGGGCAGUGCCAAGCUGGUGGGGAAGCUGCAGCCCCAGCACAGCACGCAGGGCUCAGGCCUGGCCAUGCUGAAGGACCCGCCGGGCGCCCUGGCUGGGCUCAGCUCCGGGGGCUCCUCAGGGGAGAACCUGCCCAGCAUGAUGAAGAGCGGCUCGGCGAGCCCCAGCCAGGCCAUCAGCUGGCAGAGCUCCAUCGUGCACUACAUGAACAGGAUGUCCCAGAGCCAGGGUGCGGCCGAGAGCUCAGCCCUGGGCAGGCUGGCGCUCAAGGCACAGGCAGCCAGCAAGGGGAGCUUAGGGCUGGACUUGAAAAUGAGGAGCCAGAAGGGCUCUGGGGAGCUGGGGCUGAACGCACAGGGACCCAAAACUGCAAAGGCUUCCGGCAGCAGCGCCGGAGGGGACCAGAAAUCGGGGUUUGCUGCUGGAGGGCAGGUGCUGCCCAACGGCAGCAAGGCACCAUCGAGCUCGUCUGGGGCCAGCAGCCAGGCAGCCUCCAGCCAGGAGCUGAACCUGCAGGCUCUGAACCUGCAGAGCGUCAGGAACGGGCCCAGCACGGCCAGCGGGAGCAGCGUGCCCCGGCACCUCUGCGGCUCCCUGGCCAAGGGCGCUGCUGGCACCACCCCUGCGGGUGCCAAGGGCGUGGGCACUGCCAAGGGCGGCGCGGCAGGGCCCGGGCUGAACGCUGCCAGUGCCGCUGCGCUGCCAGGGGCGGACGGAGGCAAGAGCAAGAAGCAGACACAGCGGGCAGGUGACAGGGACUCGGCCAAAGGGGGCUCGGCGGGCGCUCCUGAGGCACACGCGGCCCCCGAGAGCCGCAAAGGCCCCGCGCUGUCCGAGGCCAGCAGCGGCGAGGACACCAGCUCCGACUCGGACCGCGAUUCGGCCUCCCUCCCGGGCGUGGCUCAGAACAUGUCUGUGUCCAUCCAGACCAGCCAGGACUGGAAACCCACGCGCAGCCUGAUCGAGCACGUCUUCGUCACCGAUGUCACCGCCAACCUGAUCACAGUGACGGUCAAGGAGUCCCCCACCAGCGUCGGGUUUUUCAACCUGCGGCAGUACUGAGCCCCGGAGCCUGAGAGGAGGGAGAGUGCCCUUCAGCCUCGCCCUCACCUUUGCCCAGCUCUUCCAUCAGGUGUUUUUAUUCCAAGUGAACACGGAGCCCUCGUGAGACCUGCUGGACCUCGUGCCUGGAAAGGCUGGACCAGUAACGCAGUGAAACCCACUCCAAACUGCCAGCAGCUCCUGGAUUUCCUCCCUGGCUUCUCUCCAUCCUCUUCUGGAGCUGUGCCCCAUGUGGGGUGGUCGAUGCCAUGCCCUGGGAGCAGGGCACGGGUGCUGCUGGGGUGCCAGGCCGGCCAGUUUCGAGCCAGGCUUCACUGCCUGCAGGUCUCUGCUUUGAGGCAGCAGAUCCAAAGGCUGCAGCUCACUGACCACAGGGUGUGGAGCUGCCAUGGAACACUCCUACACCUGGGAGAGUCUCUCCUGGGCCUCCCGUGGGUCUGUCUGUGAGCCAUGGGGAACUGCAAGUCAAUCCAAAUGAGGCAGCUGCUGCUCCCAGCCCUCGGGGCUGUGGGGGCAGCUGCAUUCGGGGGUUUUUCAGGGUACACUCAGCCCAGCCACCCCCCUGGGCGAGGUCAUUUCCAAUGAUGGGAAACCCACAGCAGUUCUGUUGGGGUUUCCAGCUGAUAGGGAAAUAUUGUUUACAUUUUUUCUUAAGGAUUUUUUUUUUUUCAUGAGGGAGGGAAAUAACCCCAGUCUAAGAUAGGUGAAGUCCUGGAUGCCACUAACAGAACAGGUGGCAGAGGUGCUUUUUUUGGAGGGUGUUUCCUUUCUGAUGGAGGAAAGUCCUGCCUUGAGAGCCAGCAGGAUCCACCAGCUUCUCUGCAGUGACUUGGCUUCCAGAAGAACGUGAAUUUCUGGGCAGCCCAGGGAGCCCCCACACCCCUCCUGUGCCUCAUCCUGGCAGUGCCAGCAUCUCCACCUCCUGCUCAGCAGGUUCCAGGCGCUCACAGGGAUGGAGCUGGGGAAUAGUCUUUAAGCCUUGCAGAACGUGUGAACCCUUCCAGCAGCAGGUGGGUUGGUGCUGGGGCUGCCAGGACACCCAGGACUGCUGCUCCCUGGGUUAGACUCACCCUGAUCGUCCGUGGUUUUCCCCAGAAUGCUCAGAAGCUGCUCAAGGCCACCUGCAUAGGUGGUGUGGAAUGGUGGGAAGGGAGAGGAGAGGGAGAAGGGCUGAGGCCCGUGGGUACCUCAGGCUGCUGUUCACCUGAGCACCAUUCACCUUCCCCUGGCCAUCCCACAGCUGGGGUGCUCCUUUGGGCUUGUAUUGGCACCCAGUGAUGGCUUUCCCGCUGCAGUGUUUUCCCUGCUGCAGAUUUCUCCUAGAAGCCAAAAUUAGCAGCAGUUCAGGCAGAGUUUAGUAGCAUUCGAGGUCAUUUUCGUUCUGUUGAUGCCGAGUCCUUUUCUCAGAGGCGAUGAACAGCUGGAGCUGCCCCUUCCCUGCACGGUUCUGAUGUCCCUCCCCUGAGCAGCAGGUCACUGCUUAGGGGGUCCCCAGGUGGCAGAGGUGGCACCAGGGCAGGAUUUCCCUUUGCCCCAGGCAGGGACACUCCCAGGAGUGUGGGUGCAUGCACCAAACUGGGGGUGCAGGUGCUGGUGACCCCCUGAGGCAGCAGCCCCCCAUGGUCAUGGGGUCAUUCUCAGGUGAUGCCAAAAUGUCACAAUCUGUGCAGUUUACCUUGUGCUGUAACCUUGCCAAACGAGCCCCAGGGCAGCACUGGCGUGUACCAGCAGCCAGCAGUGCCCCGGGCAGGGUGUGUGCUGUGCCAGGGGUGCCAGUGCUUUGGGAGAAGAACCAAGGGCUCUGGGAGCAUGGGGUGACACUCUCAGCCACACACCAAACGUUUGCUGCCUGGUGUUUGUGAAUCCAAACUGAUAACAAUGUGCCUUUGGACCGUCCUUAUCUCAGCCUUGGCUGUGGCACCGGUCCCACCACAGGUUUGUGCCUAUGCAAAGCAGGGUGGUCACAGGGUCUUGGGGACACGGUGACACUGUGGGGACAGUGUCCUGGUCCCCUGGGGGACACCAGCUGUGCAGAGCCCUGCUGAGCAAUGCCCUGAGGGGAAGCUGGCCGGGCAGGGAUGCUCCUGCCUGCAGCAAGAGGAUGUGUGGGUUGGUUUCUCCAAGGGGAGAAAAUGAUCUGGAGAUGCUCCAAGGAGGGGCCAGGCCCCAAGGGCAGGGCAGGAGCUGGGCUGUGACA